CACACAUGCUCAUUCACUCGCCUCCCGCCGCCCUCGCCAGUCAUAGUGGUUCCCUUGUGCUUGAAGCUUUUACCGUAGCUACACCACACUUGUUUUAGUGUUAGUGCUACUAGCCCAAGUGGUCCUCAGGUCGUGUGGUACGGGCUCACCCCCCCUUGUGUGUGGUGGGGGGUACCCAGAUCCACACUGGUUGAGGCUGACAUCAAAUGUCAUAACGUCUGCUGGGUUGAUCACUGUCUCGUUGGCAUCAAACUGCACCAGGUUUCUCGAGAGCAGAUACAAACUCCGGGUAUUUCUUGCGCUCAGAAGCCAAAAACAUUCUCGUAUUGAAGACUUGCUAAGUGGAAGUGUUUGAAGCAAUAAUAUUACCAGCCAUGGAACUGGAGAAGUUGAUCUGUUCCAUUAUCUACUGACGGUUAUUGGGGAAGCACGCAUACCCUGUAUGGCGUGUUCAUGAUAUUUGGUCAACUAACAUACUAGGGACGAUACUCGGGAUCCCGUCUGGACCAGUGCACCUUCACUCUGUACGGGAGCAACUGGAGAUUUACACUUAACGGUUUGCCGCCGUGGUACUGAGGUCCACUUCUUGCCUCCAUUCUGAGGCUCAGCAGGCCGUAACAAAGGCUGAUACACAUUUCCGUGGAGGUUACAAGAACCACAAGAGAACUGCUGGUCUUAUCUAUUAAAGCAUUUUAAAGAACAAAUUUACUUCAACCUACAAUAAUGAAGCUGGAAUGCAAUUUCUUCAGCGGAUCGACUCGCAUCCUGAAUGAUGAGACUGUGAUGGAUGUCAUUAAGGAGUUUGUUGGAGAGCCUGGACAAGAGGACCCAUUCUAUAUUUUGGACAUUGGAGACAUUGUACAAAAGAUAAAGAUUUGGAAACUAAAAUUGCCACGUGUCGAUCCCUUUUAUGCGGUUAAAUGCAAUGAUAAUCCCACUGUCUUGGAGCUUCUAGCAGCCUUAGGCAUUGGAUUUGAUUGUGCAUCAAAGGCAGAGAUGCAGAAGGUGUUGCAGGCAGGAGUGGAGCCAUCACGAAUUAUCUACGCCCAUCCAUGCAAGCCUGUGUCCCACUUGCGCCAAGCGUCGAAAUUCAAUAUACCAUUGAUGACUUUUGACAAUGAAACGGAACUCCAUAAAGUAAAGGCAUACUACCCUAGUGCUCAGCUUGUUCUACGUAUCCGCUGUGAUGCUGCCAAAGUGCAGUGCCCAUUGGGUAUGAAGUUUGGAGUACUCCCAGAAGAUGCAGGGGCGCUCUUGGCCACGGCUAGAUCACUGGAUCUUAACAUCGUGGGAGUUUCUUUUCAUGUUGGCUCGGGUUGUUGUGAGCCUGCUGUUUUCCACCGUGCAAUUGCAGCUGCUAAAAAAGUCUUUAAUGAAGCAGAAGCCUUAGGAUUUGCUCCAAAUUUGCUAGAUGUUGGUGGUGGGUUCCCAGGGACGCGCAACUCUUCCCUGGAUGAAAUAGCUUCCUAUAUCAACAAGGCACUAGAUGAAUUUUUCCCUGAAGACUGUGGAGUGAAGAUAAUUGCAGAACCUGGCCGCUAUGUAGUGGCAUCUGCCUUUACUUUGGCUACAAACAUCUUGGCAAAGAGAGACAUCAAUGAUGAUAAUGGGUCUUUGGUGUCCACCAUGUACUACAUCAACGAUGGUGUGUAUGGCUCCUUCAAUUGCACCAUUUACGAUCAUCAGAAAGUGUAUCCAGUUCUAGUUGAGGAACCAGCAUCUGAUGAGCCUUGCUUCACAAGCUCUAUCUGGGGACCCACCUGUGAUGGCUUAGAUCAGGUAGUGUCUAAAAUUGAUCUACCAAGGCUUUCUUGUGGAGAUUGGCUGGUUUGGCCAGAGAUGGGAGCUUACACCCUUGCUGCUGCUGGUACUUUCAAUGGCUUCCCACUACCUAAAGUGCAUACUGUAAUUCCAUAUCAUACUUGGCUGUACUUGGAGGAGCAUAUGGGCAGGUCUUCGAGGUUUACUUCAGUAGAUGAAACUUGCAUUUUGGGCAAUUGCUCCAGCACCAGCUUGCGAGAGGCAGAAAACAAUGUCUCGAUUACAAGCACAGUGUAUUUCACCUGUGCUGCUAAUCUUGACAAUACUCUCUUGGAGGAGCAAUUGGCUCAGCUAGCCAUCAUUAAUGUUGGAGAAAUGUGAAUCAAGUUGUUUUUUAAAGUACCUUUCGGUAGAUAUUGGCAGAAAUGGGAAGAAUAACAAUGCGAUAAUGCAUUAGGCUAUUAAUUUUUUAGCUAAUAAAAUUUGCAGUAUAGUUACUUGCAUUGUAAACUGUUAAUUAUUAGGGAAAUCAGAUGUGCAACUGUUGGCACAUUCCCCAUGCAAGGUUUUAUACUAUACUAAUUGGUUCCUUUUUAUUGAAUUUAAUUGGUAGGUUUUAUGCAGUAUUGAGUUGGACGUGAUUUUAAUAUGUAUCGAGAACCGACUUCUGAAAUUUUUUUAUUUUUACCUUCAAAUUUUAAAUUAACACAUUUCUAAAUAAUAUUGAAGCUUAAUUGUGCAUGUUAAUUUUUGAAGAUCUUGCUACUGAUCUUAUCAACCUUUCAUUUAGCAAGUAUAUUGGUCAAGAGUAACCAAAAUAUUUACAAAACUAGUGCAUCAUUAUGCUUUGAAUGUGGGAAAAGGUAACCAUGGUAACAGUUAUGGAGGCUUGCUUCCCAUUUUAGUAGAUAGUAGGUAUUCCAAUGUGUAAUAUGUAUUCAAUGGGAAUAGUUACUCAGUAUUAACAUUUAUCCAUCAGCUUGCCAGUUUUGACAACACGGUAGUAGAAUUCAUUAUUGCAAUUACAGUAUUCAUCUUUCCAUUUGGCUCGCUCCAGCAUAAUGAUAUUCAGAAAGUUCUCAUGUGGAACUUGUAACCCCAUGGCAAUGUGUAUCUUGGCCAAGCUUACGGUGCUGAUCUGCAGUACCUAACUUGUGUGAAUUGGCUAAUUAAAUAUACAGUAUCUGUACUGAAAAAUUUUA